ACUCAGCUUCCUGUCACUCAGGCCUCACUAGCCAAUCAGGGCCUUCAGCGGACCUGCCAAUCAGAUGGGCGGGUUCUUCCGGUCACCAGGCUUCUGGCUCAGCUCGUCCAUUGAGGAAGCAGGAAGUUUGCUGGUGUGCUGUGCCUUAGGCUCGGUCUCUGGAAGUUAUGGGGGAGAGUGCCAGUGAGUUCUGCAGCUACCGCACGAAUGCAGUGACCUAUGAUGAUGUACAUAUUGACUUCACUUGGGAAGAGUGGGCUUUGCUGGAUCUUUCCCAGAAGAAUCUGUACAAAGAUGUGAUGCUGGAAACCUACAGGAACCUCACUACUAUAGGCUACAAUUGGAAAGACCAUAAUAUUGAAGAAUAUUAUCAAAGUUCUAGAAGACAUGGAAGGUCUGAAAGAAGUCUUACUGGAGAGAAACCCUGUGAAUAUACUCAAUGUGCCGAUGCAUUUCCAUAUCACAGUCAUUUUCAAAGACAUGAAAGAAUUUCUGCUCGAAGAAAACGCAAUGAAUGUAAUCAGUGUGGAAAAAUCUUUGCAAACCACAGUUAUCUCCGAAUACAUAAAAGAACACAUACUGGAGAGAAACCCUGUGAGUGUGAGCAAUGUGGUAAAGCCUUUGCACAUCUUAGCAGCCUCCAAAGACAUAAAAGAACACAUACUGGAGAGAAACCCUACAGAUGUAAUCAAUGUGACAAAGCCUUUUCACAACCCACUAGUCUCCAAAUACAUAUAAGAACACAUACCGGAGAGAAACCCUAUGUAUGUUAUCAAUGUGGCAAAGCCUUUUCACAACACAAUAUUCUACGUGUACAUAAAAGAACCCAUACUGGAGAGAAACCCUGUAAAUGUAAUGAAUGUGGUGAAGGCUUUGCAAGUCACAGUCAUCUUCAAAAGCAUGAAAGAACGCAUACUAGAGAAAAAACCUACAAAUGUAAUGAAUGUGGUGAAGCCUUUGAACGUCACAAUUAUCUUCAAAGGCAUCAAAGAAUUCAUACUGGAGAGAAACCCUAUGAAUGCACUCAAUGUGGCAAAGCCUUUGCAUAUAACAGCUAUCUCCGAAUACAUGAAAGAACACAUACUGGAGAGAAACCCUACAAUUGUAGUCAAUGUGGUAAAGCUUUUGCACGUCACACUAGUCUCCGAAUACAUAAAAAAAUACAUAGUGGAGAGAAACCUUAUAAAUGUAAUCAAUGUGAUAAAGCCUUUUCAGAACAGAGUUAUCUCCGAAUACAUGAAAGAACACAUACUGGUGAGAAACCCUACCAAUGUACUCAAUGUUGUAAAGCCUUUGCACAUCACAGAAGUCUUCAAAUACACAAAAGAACACAUACUGGAGGAAACACUUUGAAUGCAAGUAAUGUGGUUAAGCCUUUGCUUUUAACAGUAGUCUUUGAAGUCAUGAAAAGAAAUCAUACUGAAGAACAAACCUAAAAAUGUCAUCAGUGUGGUAAAGUCAUUGCACUUCAUGAGUCUUUAUACAAGAGGAGAACUUUGUGUGUAGUCAAUCUGUUAUAGACUUUGCAUACAAUAGUAAUCUUUGAGAACCUGAAAGAAUUCACACCAAAUGGAAACCAAGUAAAGAAUUCUGUAGGACCAUUAGCCAACACACUUACAUUCAGUUAAAUAAGAUUAUUCUGAAGAAAAAAAUCUGACAAGUGUCAACAAUCUGUUCAAGCAUGAUGAUGUACCUCUUUUAUUUGCACCUCUAAACUCAUGUGGAAAAAGCCCUAUGAAUUUAAAUGAUAAUUAAAUUUAGAUUUCACACUUCAAUUACAUGAAAUAAUCCAUACAGGUGUAAAACUUCAUGGGUGUAGUGGUUCUAUCCCCUCCGAGUCUUCCACUCUUUCCAUUUUUGGCAACUACAUACAGCUGUCUGACAGCACCCUGUAGGCCCCCAUUUCAUGGACUACACUUGGACCCUAAAGCUCCUCACUCUCCACACUCUCACCCCUGUCAC